CACCAGGCCCCCAGGUGGGGCGACAGGCAUCGGGCCCCCAGGCGGGGCGACAGGCAUCGGGCCCCCAGGCGGGGCGACAGGCAUCGGGCCCCCAGGCGGGGCGACAGGCAUCGGGACCCCAGGCGGGGGCGACAGGCAUCGGGCCCCCAGGCGGAGAGCGGGCGCCGGGCCCCCAGGAGGGGCGACAGGCAUCGGGCCCCCAGGCGGGGCGACAGGCAUCGGGCCCCCAGGCGGGGCGACAGGCAUCGGGCCCCCAGGCGGGCGACAGGCAUCGGGCCCCCAGGCGAAGCGACAGGUCUCGGGCCCCCCAGGCGGCGGAGCGGCGGGCGCCGGACCCCUAGGCGGAGCGACAGGUCUCGGGCCCCCAGGCGGAGCGGCGGGCGCCGGACCCCCAGGCGGAGCGACAGGUCUCGGGCCCCCAGGCGGGGCGGCGGGCGCGCCGGACCCCCAGGCGGAGCGACAGGUCUCGGGCCCCCAGGCGGGGCGGCGGGCGCCGGACCC